UCGGGAUGCUGUAAGCCGCCUACAUCGUGCACAUAUGUGGCGGGGAUGGCAACGGCUGAUCAGGAGGAGGACUGCUAUCAAUGGAGCAACGAGGCUGACGUUCUCUGCUACAACUGCGAAUCUUGUAAAGCCGGUGUUUUGGAGCAGGUGAGAAGUGACUGGCACAAGCUCUCCGUCCUCAACGUCGUCGCCCUCAUCUUCCUCAUCGCAAUCUACGCUCUUGGCUGCUGCGCCUUCCGCAACGCCCGCCGUGCUCUUUCCGAUUAUGCUUAUGGAGAUAAUCGCAUAUCCAAGAUCGGCCCUCGUUGGGAUUACUACUGGGGACGUUGGUGGAGGGAAAGAUGGGAUCAGCUUUGGUGAGAUGUCGUGUUACAGAUGAGUUGAUUUUAGAUGUAUAAAUUGAUAAGAAUAGAG